CGCACACACACACGCACGCACGCACGCACGCACACACGCACACAACUCUCAUAGCCCUGGUAUUUCAUUUGCGUGAGUAGUCUAACAGCCAGUCAAGAUGGGCAACUUUUUCACAACUACACAGACGGAUGUCUCUGGACAGGAGAAGUGUUAUGACCCUGGGGACACAACGCUUACAUUUGUCGAUGGAGACGAUGAUUUAGACUUUUUGUGCGAUGACUUCAAGUCUCUCAGAGCAAAGAUGUCCUGCGGUCAUGCUGUCACUCCGAUGUCUCUCACCAACCAUUGUCGCAGGUUGUUGGAUGAGGGUGAGUGCAGAUUUGUGUGUGGCCUGCCUCGCUGUGAUGUUGAGUGGACGUAUGAAGAAGUUCGUAAAAUGGCUCUUCUGACCUCUGAAGAAAUGGAUUACUUCGAAAUGAAAAUGUUCAGCAAUUAUAAGCAUCACUUGGAUGCCAAAUCAUGUCCUGGCUGCAAGUCAUGUGUGAUGAGAACCAAUCUCUCUGAUCUAAGUGUCAAAUGCACACUGUGCACAGCGGAUACAAAAAAGACCUUCAUGUUCUGCUGGCAGUGUUUGAGGGAAUGGAAAGGCCCAGCUCCACGUUCAGACCGCUGUGAAAAUGAAGGCUGCAUCAGUCAGCCAUUAGAGACACUGAGAAACUGUCCUGAUAUCAUCUUUGAGUCUUCUGUGAGGGGGGUCACUGGCUGUCCCUCCAUCCGUGCCUGUCCCACCUGUGGUUUCCUGGUGGAGCAUAGUAAAGAGAAAUGUAAAAACGUUGUCUGUUCCCGGUGUAAAGUGGAGUUCUGUUUUGUGUGUCUGAAGCUCACCAAAGAGUGCCUGAAGCUAAAACCAUACUCAUAUUACGGACCUUGCUCCAGUGGUGUAACCCCCAGACAGACCUCUAUACCUGUGUGGCAGAGGACGUGAUUCUGAUUUGAAUAUAAAUAUACCUUUUUUGUUCUACUUUAUUUUCAUUUUAAAAGUUGCUUCAUAAUCAUUACAACUGUUGUUGAAACAGGAACUCCCAUUAUACCAGGCCAGGGCCAAAGAUCUUUUUUGUACUUAUAAUUUGGAACAAUUACAUAACAUGAGAUUUACCUUCUCCUCCCACAAUAAAAACAUUCACACAGAU